CAAAUCAAACCCAAAGGGCCUUAAUCCAAAAGCCUACUAAAGAUAAUAAACCCAAGACUUCACCGAUGAUUAAGAAAAGAGCCUCCUUUGCGGGAAAGAAUAAAAAAAGAUGGCUCCGACAAAGAAAGGAAAGAAGAACAAUUCGGCCGGAUCAACGACGGCCAAAUCCACCGCCACAGAAUCAUCGAGUUUUCCGACGUGUUUGCGCCAACUUACACCUUCCUCCGUCGCCAUCACCAUCCACGCGAAGCCAGGUUCCAAAUCCGCCUCCAUCACCGAUGUGAGCGAUGAAGCGGUGGGCGUUCAGAUCGACGCGCCGGCAAGAGAUGGUGAAGCUAACGCUGCUCUUCUCGAGUACAUGAGCUCUGUAUUGGGAGUGAAAAGAAGACAGGUCUCACUGGGUUCAGGAUCCAAGUCUCGAGAUAAAGUUGUGAUUGUUGAGGAUAUGACACAACAAAGCGUUUUCCAAGCUUUGUCCGAAGCAUCAAAACCUGCCUAAUGAUCCCCUCAAGCCUGUAACUUACAUGGAGGAACCGAAUCACCAAAAGCUAAAUGGUUAUUGGUCACUAAAGGUACGAAUGCUAGAAAGAGCUUCAGGCUUUGUAAUAGAGAUCAUUGUUGGAUGUUAUACUAUAAUGAUUAUAUGCAUUGUAAAUCUGUAGACUGACUAUUGCUUGUUAUUUAUCUAAGUUGUCCCAAUUGAUCAGAGAAUGAUUACUUUUACCAUGGAUUUAGGAUGGUUUCUAUGUGA